ACGUCUCUCCUUAAAUAUGGGUUUAGGGAUAUCGAAGAAAAGGCAUGGCUAGAGUCAGUCAACAAUGUCGACCAAACUUUCCUAAUUCCUGAAAAUUACCAUUACGCAGCUUCGUCCUCCUUACUAUUUUUGACCUUCCACGUUCUUGGUGCAGCGCACAUUACACUCUGCGUCACAAUCGAAUCUCACACACCUUCUUUUCUCUUUCAUAGUCUUUUAGUGCCCACAAGAACCCAGAUCUGAUUUCGUGGGUCCAUCCUCAUAGAUGUGGUCGGCGGUGGGUGUUUUGAGGCGUACUGCGUUUUCGGCCGUGAGUAAAGGUUAUCCGGUCAAGCCAUGGCUCGGUGGUGGUUGCAGGUUUCUCACCGUCAUCGAACCAACAGCCAAGGAUAAGGAGAAGGAGAAGGAGAAGGAGAAGGAGAAGGAGGAGGAUUUAACUGUAACGGAAGCGAAGAAGCUAAUGAGAUUAGUGAAUGUUGAUGAGAUGAAGAAGAAGCUCGGAUGUAUGGGGAAUGAAGAAACUGUCUCCUACAGUAAACUCAUUGAAGCAUCUCAAGGUUUAGGUAUCGCUAGAUCUCUCGAUGAAGCUCACGCUUUCGCUCGUGUACUAGAUGAUGCUGGUGUGAUUUUGAUUUUCAGAGAUAAAGUAUAUCUUCAUCCAGAUAAGGUGGUGGAAUUGAUUAGAAAGGCAGUGCCUUUGGGUUUAAAUCCAGAGGAUAAUCCAGUUAAAGUGGAGUUCGAUAAGCUGAGGAGUAUGAAGGAAGAGAUCGAUGUUUUAGCACAUAAGCAAGUGAGGAAGAUUCUGUGGUGUGGUCUUGGUUACUCUGUUGUUCAGAUUGGUCUGUUUUUUAGACUAACUUUCUGGGAGUUUUCUUGGGAUGUGAUGGAACCCAUUACGUUUUUCACUACAGCGACUGGGAUAAUUGUGGGUUAUGCUUAUUUCUUGAUGACUUCGAGAGACCCAACUUAUCAAGAUUUCAUGAAGAGGUUGUUUCUUUCUAGGCAGAGAAAGUUGCUCAAGAGUCGUAAGUUUGAUGUUGAGAAGUUUAAAGAACUUGAGAAGAAGUGGGAGCUGGCGUCUUGCUCUUCUUCUUCAUCUUCGUAUCACUCGUGCCACGCAAACGCAUCGAUUCGGAAAUGUGUUGGUGUUGAUCUUGAUUUGGAGGAUUCUUUGCAGAGUCGCAGAGAUUGAUUCAUCAGAUUCUGGUUUUCUAACCACUUUUUCACUUCUGGUUCUAAGUUCUAACCAGUGUUUCUGGAGGUUCUUCUUCAAGUUUGUUUCUUUGGUGUUUUAAAAAGAAUCCAAAGAAUGGAACGGGAGAUAUUUAGUUUUUGUUUGAUAAUCUUGAGCUACUGUUAUCUAAAAUCGCUGAUAAUUUGAACUUUGUUUAUGGUCAAAUGUUUUUGCCUGAUUAUAACAAGUCAUUCGGUA